UUUAGUUCGAUUGGGUUCGAUUUACUAUGCCGGGAGUUACCGUAUGAGGUUCUUGACUCCAUAAUAGAACUGACCGACACUGAUGAUGAUUACAGAGAUCUCAAUCGAGUUAAUGUGUCCGAUGUCCUUGGCCUCACUCGUCCAAUCUAUCGUCUGGACCUUGAUACAGAUUACGUAGCCUACUACGAAAUUGACACCGGAAGUGACUACGUUGUGCUAUCUUCCGGCCAUAAAACAGGAGAUUUUCGAGAAGUUGAGAGUGGGCCCGACCCAAGACCAACCGAUGUGGUAAUACAACAGGCUCAAGAGAAUGGUCAGCAGUGUGAGAAGUUUUACAGGCUGUCGCCAUUAGGACUGAUAAUGUGUAAAAAUGGCAAUGGAACAGUAGUGGCAGCGAGUUACAACUGGACGAAUAAUGAUCCCCAGGUAGUAUUAUUAUACUGAUAAACAAUCACAAUUAAUUACGUUUAUUAAUAUUUUAUUCAAAAUACACGGCCGUUUUUGAUUGACUCCAAUCCCCCGGCGCUUACCGUAUUUGAAAGAUGCUAAAAUUAUAUUUUUUUGGAAACGAGGUUGAUCGAUGGAGACCAGGCUUCUUGGGCAAUGGUGAACUGAAAACAUGACGCUCAAACGAAAUAGCUAAAUUUCUGACUAAAAUUGAACGGAAGAAACUGAAGAAUACGCAAAACAUAUUGAUAGAUGGAUGUUAUCUACUUUUGAGGAGUAUCUGCAAGCAACAAAAAGCAUCUGUCUGUAUCUUGAAACCGUGCCAAGAAAUACGCCAAAGCUUUAAAGAAAGUAUAGUUUUUUAAUUUGUUAAGAACUUAGAAAAUUUUUGAAUAAAUGAUGAAACAGUUAUUGAAUUGGGCCUUCGUAUGAUGUGGGGAAGAAUUGUGCGGAUCUCUGAGUUCACAACUCUGAGACUGCUACCCACCUCGGCUGAUAACAUUUUUCCAGAUCUGCAUAUUUUUUUCACUCAGCCUCAUUGAAUAAUUGUUAAAUAUCCGCUACACUUAUCUGUUAAACCCUGAAGUAUGCUAAAUCAUGUCAAACGUACGUAUAUAGCAAUAACCUGCAUAGAAAAGGAAAGAGUCAUUAUUAAAGAGGUUGACCAAAAUUAUUCUCAGGCAGCAGCAUGUAAAACUCUUGAAGUCCUUAAUCUAACGUUUACAGUUUGUGUGGAACUAAAAGAAGGAAACCAUCUUUGAUUGACCAAAAUUUUAAAAAAUAUAUUGGGGGCUUACUGAAAGAAAGUGGCCUUUGCGAAUUAAAAUUGGAGUUUCCAUAAAUGGGAACACUUAAAAGAGAAUUCCUAUUAGUGGCUUACUAGCUGGCAAAUUAAAAAUUCCGUAUUUCUUAAAUUAGAUCGAAGAUUGGCGGUUGUUGGACCACAUGGUAAGAGACAGCAUGGACAGUUUCAAGAGCCUAUGGCAAGAGAGGGCCGCCCAAAGACGAUCCAAGUCAGACUGGGCCACUACUGAAGUUCUUUCCAGACCCAAUAAUGGAAGAAACGAAAGAAAAGAAGUUGACGAGGAAGUCCUUACCCCUGGCUCUAUUAUAAAAGUAGCCAUUGGCGAGCGUGUUCCUCACGUGUACGUCACAAUUAGCGGUAAAAUGCGUGUGCCUGCAGGCUCAAGAUCAGCGUGGCAGCAGAAACUUUGCAAGGUGCUUGUUGACGUUUGUAGUCCUGAUAUGAGUACCAAGAUAAACCCAUCAGCUAUAAAGGAGACACCCAAUCAUCUUUCGUACCUUCAGCUGGAGGUACAUGGCAACCACACCUUCGUGGGAAACGCAUUAGAAUGGCGUGAAACUGGAUUUGCUGUCGAAAUCAUAGGACCCAAAAAUGAACUUGUCAAAAAGUACUUUGCAAUCAACCUGCAGGUGCAUGCCAAAAGACUUCGGCGCAGUGUCCGUUCAGGAUCGAUUCCACGCGAAUUGUACGAUUUCCCUGAUUAUGACCAACAUUCGUGCUGUGGAGGUUGUAAGAGCGGGUGCGGUCCAGUGGCCUGGGCUCAAGUGUUUGGAUACUAUGAUAGACUUGGAUACAGUCUUGACUCGAAGUACAGUGGAUCUAUAUACCGUGAUAGACUUACCAAAGCCCCGUUAAGGCUGACAGAUGAAGUGAAGCAUUUCGUGGAGGACAUACGAUCACAGGUUCAUACCACAUGUGUCAAUGGAGAAGGAGCUACGGAAAGGAGAAAAAUGUAUUUGAUCGCGCCAUGGUUUCGCUCCCGGCAAGGAUCUAGGUCUCGAGUCGUCAGUUAUCUUCCGAGUCGUAAAAAGCGAUUAGCCGUGGCCAAUGGAGGAAGAAUUGAACGAGGAAGUCAUUCCCGGAUUGCGGCCAAUGGCGUUCAUUGGCUUAAAAAGGACUACCCUGUCAUAUUUUCCAUAGAUAUGGAAGGAGGUGGGGGACAUGCAGUUGUGGCAACGAAAUACAAGGAAAAGACAAGAAGGUAUCGCCAUUGUUAUCAACCGAAAACUAGAUUUUGGUGUGGAAAGAGAACCAAAGAAAUCUGCUCCUGGCGGACAGCCUAUGAUUACGAGUUCUAUUUACAUUACGGCUGGGGAGGCUCAGGUAACAAAUGGCAACAAAUAGGUGCUAAGGGUGCCUAUGUAGCCUAUUUAGCAUAA